AAAAAAGAAAAAAAGAAAAAGAGGCGUCGGCGAGAGAGGUGAUGCGCCAUGAGCCCCCACCACCCCGCCCGACGAACUACGCCCCUUUUUUAACCCUAAUUUGACUUCCAGGCUUCAUCCCCGGCAAACCUGCACCGGAAUUUCUAUUGGAUUUAGGGAUUGAGUUCAAGGAUGCGACUUCUCCACACACACUUUUCCUGCAUUAUUCCGGAUUUUUGCGCAGAAUGGCGUUGAUUAGUCGUCGAUUGCUGGGAUUCGGCGUUUGAUUGCUUCCGGAGGUUUUAGUCACCCGGAGGCGGAUCUGUGUUUGAAAUGGAGUCCUUAAAUGAGCUGUGCGAUUUGAUCGCCGAGAAUCCGAAGCAGUUCCAAGAUAAACUGAUGUGGAUGUGUGGCCGAUGUCCACCUGCGGAGGUAAUGCUCGCCGGUUCUCAUCGGAUUUCGAGGUCACAUCUCAAUGCAAUCCUAGCAGUGGCUCGAUUCCUCUCCAGGUGCUCAAAUGCCGUGGAGAAUUUGCCCACUUCACUUGUCAUUGCCUUUUAUCGGUCUCUACCUUCUUCUCUGGAUCCAUCCUUUUGGCCUCAAUCGUUUGGGAUCGAUUUGAUCACACUAUUCUUUAAUGAUUUUCUGGGAUAUGUCUCAAAGGCAUCAGAUCUAUGCCCAGAUUUUGCCAUGUAUAUCUCGGGGUUCACGGGCGAGAUUGUGAUGUCUGCAAUAGGCAAUGUCAGUGGAGAUACCAGGAUAUCCAAGGUGUUCUUGAAUGCCAUAUCUUUGAAUUUCCCUCCAAUUGAUCAUUCUGAUGCAGAUAGGCUAAUUUCUGCUCUUCUUGAUCGGUUUGAGAUUUCCAUUCCAUGUUCUCCUCUAGAACUCAUUUCGAGCACCUCGGAAGCAAACUCUGCUCAGAGCUCACCACUGAGUUUGGGCCAUUAUAGGUUGAGUCCUAGAAAUGAUAUGACCAAUGUCUCUGGAUCAUCCAGUAGUUUAGUUUCUAGAAUUGCUGAUGAUGCCGUCAGCACAAUGUCACCCAAGGGUAUCAUGGUGAAUGGGAGCAGUGGUCCUGUGAGGACCAAUGUGGACUUACUGGCAACAAGUAUGUUUUAUAAUGAGGAGGAGCCUUUAGAUAGCCUUGAGAAGAGGGAAAUAGCUUUCAAAUUGAUAGGACACUUGUUGGAAAAAGUAUCCGUUGAUGUUAAGCUUUUGGAGCAAGUGCGUAGUAUCGCUAGAGAGCAACUACAGUCAAUGGUGGUUUUUCUCAAGAUAAGGAAGCAUGAUUGGGCAGAACAAGGUCAGCCACUGAAAGUUAGGAUCAACACAAAGCUUUCAGUUUACCAAGCAGUUACUAAGUUGCAGAUUAACACAUUUAUGACCAUUGAUUCUGACGGGAAGUUGUCAAAGCGGUUGUUGCAUGGGGCCCUUGCGCUAUUGAUUGAGGCUGCUGAGGCGUGCUUGUUCUCAGUGUGGCGAAAGAUGAAAGCUUGCGAAGAUCUGUUCAGUUCAUUGAUUACUGGAAUUUCCCAAGCUGCAAUGGCGCGUGGUGGUAAGCUGUUACAUCUUUUGCUAAGCCGCUUUAAACAUCUUGUCCUGGCUGCAUGCGCUCAGGCUGACACUUGGCCCAGCAGUCAAGGGACCAUGUUCGAGAGCAUCUUGACAACUAGCUCUGCGAUAAUUGAAUUUGGAUGGAAAUCAGAUCGAUCGCUUGUGGACAGUUUCAUUAUGGGAUUGGCUUCAAUUAUUCAAGAAAGAAAUGACUACAAGGAAGAGCAAGAGAAGGAGAAAUAUGCAGCUCCUACUAUUCAGUUGAAUGUUAUACAGUUGCUAGCUGAAGUGACUGUCAAUGUUAACCUGCCUGAAGUGGUUGACAUGAUACUUCCAAGGUUUAUUGAAAGUUUAGAAGAGGGUGAUGCUUCUGUGCCUGGAUUACUAAGACUUCGACUUCUUGAUGCUGUUUCUAGUCUGGCGAGUUUAGGUUUUGAAAAAACCUACCGCGAAGCUAUUGUUCUAAUGAUACAGAGCUACUUGAGCAAACUUGCUGGCAUUGGAUCGGCUGAGAGUAGAACUUUGGCUCCAGAAGCUACCACAGAACGCGUCGAGACACUUCCUGCAGGAUUUCUUCUGAUUGCCAGUAAAUUAGUCAACCCUAAGUUGCGAUCUGAUUACCGUCACCGGUUGUUAUCAUUGUGUUCAGAAGUGGGCUUGGCCGCUGAGGCAAAAAGUGGAAGGAGUGGGGCAGAUUUUCUUGGACCUCUACUUCCUGCUGUUGCUGAGAUAUGUUCAGAUUUUGAUCCAUCUGUUGAUAUUGAACCCGCGGUUCUCAAGUUAUUUAGGAAUUUAUGGUUUUAUGUCGCUCUCUUUGGGUUAGCUCCUCCAAUACAGAAAAACCAAAGUAUUCCAAAGCCUGUUUCCACUACUCUAAACAGCGUAGGAAGCAUGGGAAGCAUUGCACUUCAAGCUGUCAGUGGGCCAUAUAUGUGGAACUCUCAGUGGUCUAUUGCUGUUCAGCGCAUUUCACAGGGGACUCCACCCCUUGUUGUGAGCUCCGUGAAAUGGCUUGAAGACGAAUUGGAACUUAAUGCUCUUCAUAACCCAGGUAGCCGAAGGGGGAGUGGAAAUGAAAAGGCUGCUGUAAGUCAGAGGACUGCUCUUUCUGCUGCAUUAGGAGGACGCUUGGAGGUUUCAGCAAUGAGCACCAUUUCAGGUGUGAAGACAACUUAUCUACUCGCUGUAGCAUUUUUAGAAAUCAUACGUUUCAGUAGCAACGGAGGCAUCCUGAACGUGGGACCUGAAUCUACUGCUUCGCGGAGUGCUUUCAAUUGUGUCUUUGAAUACUUGAAAAGCCCUAAUCUUAUCCCAUCAGUUUCACAGUGCUUAAGAGGAAUCAUCUACCGGGCUUUUGAAACAGUACUAGACUGGCUGGAUGACCGAAGAUCUGAGACGGGGCAGGUUGCUGAGACUAGAGAAUCUACCCUGUCUGUACAUGCUUGUUUUCUCAUAAAAAACCUGUCUCAGAGGGAUGACCAUGUUCGCAAUAUCUCAGCUGAUUUGUUGAAUCAAUUUAAAGAUCGAUACCCUCAGAUUUUGUGGAACACACCUUGUUUGGAUUUGCUGCUAUUUUCUGUACAGAAUGAACCUUCUUCAACUCUUGUAAGCGAUCCAGCCUGGGUUGCAACUGUCCGUUCUCUGUACCAGAAGACUAUUCGGGAAUGGAUAGUUGUGUCACUAUCGUAUGCUCCAUGUACAACUCAGGGUCUUCUUCAGGAAAAGCUCUGCAAAGGAAACACUUGGCAAAAAGCACAGCCAACUAAAGACGUUGUUUCUCUUCUAUCUGAGAUUAAGAUUGGUACUGGCAAGGACAACUGUUGGACUGGCACAAAAACAGCAAAUAUUCCAGCAGUCAUGGCUUCAGCAGCUGCAGCAUCUGGUGGAAACUUGACUCUGACAGAGGCAUUUAACUUGGAGGUGCUAAGUACUGGAAUGGUUAGUGCUACAGUAAAAUCUAACUAUGCCGGGGAGAUUGCUGGGAUGAGAAGGAUAUAUGAGGGGAUUGGUGGGCUUGAUUCUAAUCUCCUAACCAUGGGAAAUGAGCUUAAUUUUGAUCCUCCAACCCCUGGAUCUAUUGCUAUUGUUCGAGAUUCACAUCCCAAAAACGUUUCCUUUUGUGAGUUAUUACUUGUGAGGUUUGUUCGCCUACUUCAAAAGUUUGUUAGUAUAGCAGAGACGGGUGCAGAGGUAGAUAAAUCCUCUUUUCGUGAAACAUGUUCUCAAGCUACUGCUUUACUUCUUUCAGACAUGGGUUCAGGUUCAAAGUUUGUCGAGAGCUUUUCACAGCUUCUACGUCUGCUUUGCUGGUGCCCAGCUUAUAUUUUAACCCCUGAUGCAAUGGAGACUGGUAUAUUUAUCUGGACAUGGUUGGUUUCAGCAGCUCCUCAUCUGGGACCUCUUAUCCUUUCUGAGCUGGUUGAUGCAUGGUUGUGGACGGUUGACACUAAACGAGGUAUUUUUGCAGCUGAGACACGAUAUUCUGGACCUGCUGCUACGUUAAGGCCUCAUUUGGCCCCUGGGGAGCCAGAAUUACCUCCAGAAAAGGACCCUGUUGAACAGAUAAUGGCUCAUAGACUAUGGAUUGGAUUUUUUAUUGAUCGCUUUGAGGUGGUUCGACAUAAUAGUACUGAACAGCUUUUACUACUAGGUCGUUUGUUACAAGGAACCACAAAGUUCCCUUGUAACUUUUCUCGCCACCCCGCUGCCUCUGGAACCUUCUUCACUCUCAUGCUAUUAGGGCUAAAAUUUUGCUCAUGCAAGUCACAGGGUAGUCUACAGAACUUCAGGACUGGGCUUCAGCUACUGGAAGACAGGAUUUACAGGGCUGCGCUGGACUGGUUUUCCCAUCUUCCCGAAUGGUAUGACAUCGGCAAUAACAAUUUCGCACUGAGCGAGACUCACUCUGUUUCUGCAUUUGUCCACCAUCUUUUAAAUGAGCCUGAUGAUACCCAGCUUGAUAGGAAGGGACAUGGUUCAGAAAAUGGAAGCUCUUUCAACAAUGUGAAGGAUCAAUAUCACCCUGUUUGGGGCCAGAUUGAGAACUAUACUAUUGGAAGAGAGAAGCGGAAACAGUUGCUUUUGAUGUUAUGCCAACAUGAGACUGAUAGGCUUGAUGUUUGGGCACAACCUAUGAUUUCCAAGGAAAGUGUUUCACGGCCUAAAAUUAGCGCAGACAAAUUGGUUGAAUAUGCUAAGACUGCCUUCUCUGUUGAUCCCCGGAUAGCUUUAUCACUUGCAUCGAGGUUUCCUACAACUAGUGCUCUCAAAGGUGAAGUGAGCCAAUUGGUUCAGUCGCACAUACUAGAGAUUCGCAACAUACCUGAAGCUUUGCCAUACUUUGUUACUCCUGAUGCUGUUGAUGAUAAUUCAUCACUUUUGCAACAAUUGCCACACUGGGCUGCUUGUUCUAUCACUAUGGCUUUGGAGUUCCUUACACCACCAUAUAAGGGCCAUCCUCGUGUGAUGGCUUAUGUUCUAAGGGUGUUGGAAUCUUAUCCUCCUGAUCGUGUGACUUUCUUCAUGCCUCAGCUGGUCCAGGCUUUAAGAUAUGAUGAAGAGAGGUUGGUAGAAGGGUACUUGCUUAGAGCUGCACAUCGAAGUGAUGUAUUUGCCCAUAUUCUUAUAUGGCAUUUACAGGGAGAGACAUGCACGCCAGAACCAGGGAAAGAUGCUUCUGCAAAGAACAUGUUUCAGGUGCGCUUGCCUGCAGUUAGGCAACGUAUAAUUGACAGUUUCAGUCCUAAAGCACUUGAUGUCUUUCAAAGAGAAUUUGAUUUCUUUGACAAGGUCACAUCUAUAUCUGGUGUUCUCUAUCCACUUCCAAAGGAGGAAAGGAGAGCUGGAAUACGACGGGAAUUAGAGAAAAUUCAAGUGCAAGGAAGUGACCUUUAUCUACCUACUGCACCAACUAAACUUGUCAGAGGUAUUCAAGUUGAUAGUGGAAUUCCUUUACAGUCAGCAGCAAAGGUUCCUAUCAUGAUAACAUUUAACGUGGUGGAUCGAGAUGGGGAUGAAAAUGAUAUAAAGCCCCAGGCAUGCAUAUUCAAGGUUGGGGAUGAUUGUCGGCAAGAUGUUCUUGCUCUACAAGUCAUUUGCCUUCUCAAGGAUAUAUUUGCAGCUGUUGGGCUUAAUCUGUAUCUGUUUCCUUACGGAGUUCUCCCAACUGGCCAAGAAAGAGGCAUAAUUGAGGUUGUACCUAACACAAGGAGCCGAAGUCAAAUGGGAGAGACAAAUGAUGGGGGAUUAUAUGAGAUGUUUCAACAGGACUAUGGACCAGUUGGUUCUCCUGGCUUCGAAGCUGCCAGGAAGAACUUCAUCAUUAGUAGUGCUGGCUAUGCUGUUGCUAGCCUUUUGCUUCAACCAAAGGACAGACAUAAUGGAAACCUUCUAUUUGACAAUGUUGGGAGGCUUGUUCAUAUUGAUUUUGGCUUUAUCCUGGAGACUUCACCCGGUGGGAAUAUUCGAUUCGAAAGCGCUCACUUCAAACUGAGCCAUGAGAUGACUCAACUAAUUGAUCCAUCAGGAUGCAUGAAAAGUGACUCUUGGUAUCAGUUUGUGAGCUUGUGUGUGAAAGGGUAUCUGGCCGCACGGCGCUACAAAGAUGAGAUAAUAAAUACAGUGUUGCUGAUGAAAGACAGCGGGUUGCCUUGCUUCAGCAGGGGGGAUCCGAUAGGGAAUCUUCGCAAGAGAUUCCAUCCUGAAAUGAGCGAACGUGAAGCAGCUGCCUUCAUGAUUCGGACGUGCGUCGAUGCGUAUAACAAGUUGACUACUGCUUGGUAUGAUGUGAUUCAGUACAUUCAACAGGGCAUUGAGAAAUGAUUCAUUUAUCUACACAGCAAUUGCAUUAUGAAUCCUCAUGUUGGAAUCCCUUUAAGGCUCUCUUCACAUCUGUAAAAUUUUGACCAAGUGUAAGUGUCAUUAUAAACAUAUUUCCGUCCCAUUAUUUUGUUACUACUCUGUGUAAAAAAUACAAUUAAAUAUAAUGUAAAUUG